AUGAAAUCAAACAAAAAUAAUUUAGCUCAUGCUAAAAGAUUCUCUGUUUGGACAGUCAAAGAAAUUACAUACUUGAAAUUAGCUUAAGAAUGUAAUAUUCCUGCAAAUGUUAUAUUGAUUUUUAUUAAUAAUGAUGAAUUAGUUAAAAAAUAUAGCCAAUUAUAAUUAAGACUUCUGAUUUUUAUUAACAUAAGUAAGAAGUUAAAAAAAUAACUAAGUCAAGAAGAUAAAGAGACAGCUAAAUAAAAUAAUAAUACUAAGAAUACUAAUCUAAAUAUUAUUUACAUAAUUAUUUAAUAAAAUUAACAAUGGAAAAAUACCAGGAAUCAAAGGUGA